AUGGGGAAGACGCCGAAAGCAAUGGCUGGCAUGCGGCUGCUGUUGAAGGAAGCUUUACAGGAUGAUGUGGAAGGUCCGGUCCUAGUAGCCCGUGCUCGGGAAGCCGUGCCUGGAGAAGCCAAACGGCCGCGAGGGAAAGCUGCAGCAGCAGCAGUGGACGGGCGUGGGCUCAAUGCAGCUCAGCGACUUUGGCUGGAGGGUUACGUGUGGAAAGAAAAAUGGACAACCCUCAGCAAGGCCCAGCGGACUGAGCUCAUCGAGCGGGCAGCUGCGCAAUCUCAGGCCAGUGCGAAGCCAAAAGCCAAAGCAGCCUCGACCAACGCGCGCCAGAAAGUGAUCAAGUCGCCAAAGUUCAAGAAACAGCCGGCAGGCAGAGUGCAGAGAUGGCGAAGAAGAAAGUCUCUGCAAAGCUGCUUAGACAGGUGUGUCACCAGUGAGGAUGCUGCUACUGAUGUCACACAUGUGCUGCAGCAGCUAUCACAGAGGUGGCCAGACAUACUGCCUGCAGUGUCCAAACGCAUCGGAGGUGCUGGCUCGCUCGUGUCUGGUGAAUCAAGUGGGUCAUUGACUUCCAUCUCGUCUUUUCUUCUGGGUCGCCUGUCAAAAUGCCCCGGGUUUGCUUCGCCAAACCCACCGGAUGCAGUGCGCUUGGUUAGGGAGCAUGUGGAUGUGAUGGUGCGUGAAUUUUGUGGCACUCAAGCCCGCGCAGCUGAAUUCGGCUUUAGCAUGGGGGGGAUCCGCUGGAAACGUGCCGGAGAGCAGAACCGAGAGCCCGCUCUCAGGAAGCGAGGAAGACCUGACAAGAAGAACAACCCACAGCUCAUAGAGAUGGUGGAGCAAGCUUUGUCAGCAGCCUCACAGCCUAGCAGCCGUUUGUCGUGGGACCCGCAGGACCAGGAGUGGAAGAUCGUGAGCACUUUGAAGCAGGACAAGAAAAGCAUCUGGCAGCAAGGUUCCGAGAUACGAGCAUCUUUGGGUUUGUCCACGUUCUGGCGUCUAGCAAAGAAGCAUUUGAGACAUUUCAAAGAAGCGGAUAGCAUCAAUGACUAUUGCAUCUAUUGCUACGAUCUCAAGAAGAAAGUACUUCCCCAGGUGAAAGAUUUGCUUGCCACUGUGCAUUCCGAACUCACGGCCAUCAUGCCGAACUAUUUUGCCAAAUGGGAUGCGUUUGAGGGCCAUGACUCUUUGCUUGAGAAGCCAGGCCUGCAUUUGCGGCAGCUGCGGCAUUUUGUGGAGCAUCAUUCUGCUCAGGAGGCAUGUCGGCGACACAGGCACACCUCCUGGCCAUGUGGCUUGGGCUGCUUGCGGAACAGGCGCAGCGGCUUCCCGCAGCGCAAUCGUGUAACCCUUUUCGCAAAGGAGGCGGACAUGUGUGUGCAACUGGAAGCAAUGUCAAAACUCUUGGACAGCUACCUCUUCCAUCGUUCUGCCAAUGAGUUUCAAAAGCCAGUGCUGACAAACCUGUUGGUGGAGCCUCCUGCAGGUACCGUGGUUGUCCUGUCAGACUUCAAAGAACUCUUCACAUUGCCAGUCCGCAGCACACAGACUGGAGAAGAGUUCUUCGCAAACGCACGGAUGGAAAUCUCAAUUUUUGGAUCUGUCGUAAGUGAAAGAAGAAGAGAUGGCACUGUGGAGUGGACCCGGGUUCUGAUCCUAUCAGACAUUUUGGAUCACACCUCUUGUCGGGCAUCUCAGUGCAUCGACCAGGCACUGAGACAACGCAGGGGAACAAACCCGGUGGACACCAUUCAUCUUCUUUCGGAUGCCGGGCCGCACUUUAGAUCCUACGAAGCACUGCACCACUAUUGCUGCGUCCUGCCAGUGCAGCACCAAGCUCGAGUAUGUGUCCACUACGGUGUGGAAAAACAUUUCAAGAGCGAGGCAGACAGAUUAUUUGCCAUCUUUGAGCGCUAUGUGAAAGAUGCCCGCAAGCAAGGCACUGACCUGGUUGAGAUUGCCGACUUGUGCAAGUUUCUUGCAGGCAAAAACCAGGCGGCACGCAGCGCAGACGCUACUGCCCCGUUGUUGGUGAUCAUCAAUGAUGUCGGUUCCCAGAAAAAGCCGGCGAACGAAAGAUAUCGCCUGCAGGCGAAAAAAUUUCACAUUACUCGAACAUAUUGUCUUUCCAGUGCUCCAGUGGCUCAAGGUCCCAGCAGGCUGGGCGUCAAGGUGUUCAACCAUGUCUUCUCCAACAUGGUUGCAGCCACCAAUCUCACCAGUGAUUUGGAACUCCUGCCCAGCAAGGAUUCUGCCCCUGCAUACCGCCGAGGCUUUUGGUCUGAAAGUGGGCGAGAGCGGUGGGACCAUGAUGUUAGGCCCCUGGGUCUUCACGAGGAGACUACCUUGACCAGGAGGCAGAGCGACCAGAGCCACCUACUUCCAGAUGGGGCAAACUUGCGCUUCACAGGGGUGCCAGAUGCCCAUUGCUUGAUUGAGAAAAGAAAGCAAUGGGCAGAGAAGCAAAAGCAAAGGGCUGUAGCACAAAAAAAGGCUGCAAUGAACCCUGGCUCAGAAAGUUCGGACUCGUCAUCUGGCAGCGACAGCUCCAGUUCUAGCACUUCAUCUUCUCAGAACUGA